UCAAUGUUAUUGAGGCAGAUAUUGGUUUCAAAGCUCAAGAAUCUCCGGUGGCUUGAUCUUUCCCACAAUAGUCAACUAUCACUGAGCAACACCAACAAUGUCAGCCUUUUCCUUCCCAACCUUGGGUCAUUGUCAUGUUCUUCUUGCAACAUCAGUGAAUUUUCAGAUUUUGUAAGAAAUCUAGAAGGUUUGGAAGUUCUAGAUCUCUCUUACAAUAGAAUCAAUGUUAUUGAGGCAGAUAUGUUUUCAAAGCUCAAGAAUCUCUGGCGGCUUGAUCUUUCCUACAACAGUGAACUAUCACUCAGCACCAAUCUCAGCCUUCCUUUGCCCAGUCUUGAGACACUGCUGUUAUCUUCAUGCAAUACAACUGAAUUUCCGCAUUUCUUAAGAACCCUUGAGAAAUUAUUUCUGUUAGAUCUUUCCAACAACAGCAUACAUGGUAAAAUUUCCAUGGGGCAAUCUGAGGGAUGGCCUAGUUUGACAUCGCUUGAUCUUUCUAACAACUUUUUGAGAGACAUAGAGUAUUACCCAUGGAAGAAUUUGCAGAUUCUUAACGUUCGUUCCAACCAGCUUGGAGGGUCACUUUUAGUGCCACCACCUUCAACACGUGUUUUCUUAAUCUCCAAAAACAGAUUGAGAGGACAGCUUCCAUCUUCGAUUUGCAGUUUGAACUCACUUGAAAUUCUUGACUUGUCCGAUAACAACUUGAGUGGAACCUUUCCCACCUGUUUGGGAGCAUUCAGCGAUGGUCUCAGUAUCCUUGAUCUGCACAGAAACAACUUUCAUGGAAAUAUCCCUGAUUCUUUUGUCAAGGGAAAUGUGUUGCAGACAAUUAAUCUUAGCAACAAUGAUUUGGAUGGGCCAUUACCAAAAUCCCUGAUGAAUUGCAGUAUGUUAGAAGUGCUAAAUGUUGGAAACAACAAAAUCAAUGACACCUUUCCUCAUUGGUUGGGAGCUCUUCCGGAGCUAAAAGUUUUUGUGUUGCGCUCUAAUAACUUCCAUGGACAAAUAAACAAUUCCAACAUUGGAUCUUCGUUUCCAAACUUACGAAUCUUUGACCUCUCUCGCAAUGAGUUCUCUGGUUCUUUGCCAACAUGUUUUGAAAGUUUUAAUAGCAUGAUGGCUUCAGCUGAUGUUGUAGUGAGAUAUAUGGGAGAUCGAAGAGCCUAUUAUCAUGAUUCUGUGGUAGUUACAAUGAAAGGUGUGGACGUCAAAUUUGAGAGAAUUUUAACUAUUUUUACAGCCAUUGAUUUGUCAAGCAACCUAUUUGGUGGAGAAAUUCCAGAAAUAGUUGGGAAGCUCUCUUCUCUCCAAGUGCUUAAUUUUUCCCAUAACAACCUCACAGGUUAUAUUCCUUCAACAAUGGGGAACAUGACAGAACUUGAAUCAUUGGAUCUCUCUUCAAACAAGCUUGUCGGAAAGAUUCCUACUCAGUUGGCUGGUUUGAGAUUUCUUGAAGUGUUAAACCUUUCACAGAAUCAGCUCAUCGGACCCAUACCUCUGGGAAAUCAAUUUAAUACCUUCCUCAAUGAUUCCUAUUCCGGAAACCUGGGAUUGUGCGGAUUUCCAUUGUCAGAGAGAUGUGGCGAGACUCAGCCUGGGAGUCCUCUUUUUUAUGAGGAAGCUGAUUCCGAAUCCGGAUUUGAAUGGAAAGCGGCAUUGAUGGGUUAUGGAAGUGGACUUGUGAUCGGAAUAUCUAUCAGAUAUAUCAUUUUCACACUUGGAAAACCAAAAUGGCUUGUAAAGAUGGUUGGAAGAGCAGGCCACAAAUUGAACAGACAUUGCAGAGGACUAAGAAAUUUGUAAGGAUUUUUGUUGCAGUCUUUUUCAUUUUGGUAGAAUAAAUUGUACUUCGUGCUAAUGAAAGUAUUAUCAUGUUAUUGAUGUUAUGUGGAAUUUAAAAUUGAAUUUCCGUCCUCUUAUAGAUUUUUCCUGGGAAUGUUAGCUGA